AUGUCUACUAAGAACCUCUGCUACUCUUUCUUGGUAACAAACAUCAAGGCCACUUUAAAGUCUGAUCCAAACGGCAUGAUGAAUAAGCUGACAUCUGAAGUCUCAAACAUCGAUUUUAAUAGCUUUACAAGUAUUAUUGACGGCCUCCUCAACACACACAGAGUCACAUAUUGUUGCCAACAUAAAAGGUGUUUCGUGAUCAAGAGGGACUCUGGUCUCUCACAAGUACUCAAAAACCAAUACAACAUAAACAACGCAGAACUGAUAGAGCUGUGUGAUAAAUACUGCAACCCUCAUGCCGGCUGUUGUAAGAUUCCGCCAAAACCUCAAAGCAGCAAGGGGAAGAGAAACCCAGUAAGUAUGUACUAUACUCUUCCAAGAUACAGCGGAAACAAUGCUACACCUUCAAUUUCGUCCGACUCAGCAAGCAGAGGUGCUAACAUCAACAUCAACAGUAAGAAACGCAGUGUCUCUCUAGAUGAGUCAAGCAGCAUGAAAGGAGGAAAGAAAAGAAAAACCUCACCUGACACACAAGCCAAGCCAACGAUUCGUAGCGCACCUUCGACAAGCGAUAGGCAUCGUGGCCCUACUUCGGAUGUCACGUUUAUACACAGCGACGAGAACUUUUACGCUACGCAAAGAGCUCUACAAAGAAGCAAACGAACAGCCAACUUUUCGCACGACCAAAAAGGGCAGAACGACUUCGCUUACGACUCUGCUUUAUCGGAGUUUGCGAACGCUAACCAGCAUAAUAUACAGGCUUCUCCUCAGAAGGAGCUCGAAUACAAGAGGUUCAUUAAAACCUUGGGCCACUUUUCAAAUUUGGGGCAGCAUAAUCAAGUUGCUUGUGCUGCUCGGGGUAGGCAGAGAGUGCAAGGUGUACAAGAUCCCGUGCAACAUGCUCCUACUCAACAAUGUGCGCUUAUGGCUUCGACUAUGGCUUCGACUUCGACUUCCCACAGUCAGCAUCGCGUACGUUUUGGAGAGGCUAUCAAUCGAAUUGGUCAACCUCUACAGCCUGUACAAUUUAAACAGUUGCAACAGUUGCAACCUCAGCAAAAUCAGCAACCUCAGCAGCACCAUCAACCUCAACAGCCAAAUCGCAGAGAAGAAUUAGUCAAACAGAGCUUCCACACAUUGGCGAUGGAAAACUCGAGAAUCACAAAAGAGAAAAUCAAUGAACAUACGACAUUACAGGAUAUUGUCAACAAUGUUUCUGAGAAUGCCAACUUUUCUAUAAAUCCACAGCUUAUUCUAGAUAUGAAUAAACAACAAACUCUUGUCAAUCCAGUUCUUCUUUCGGAUUGCCCCACGAACGUUGUUUGCAAGUAUUUGCAGAUAGCGUUAGAUUGCUACCAACCCGCUAUGGAACAUGCUCAUAUCCUGAGCGAGCAUUCUGCAAAUCUGUCAGUUCAAGAAAAAGAGGCAAGAUUUGUAGACAUGUGUACUAGGUAUAUCGAUCUGGAGAUGGUCGAUCUUGAUUUCGAUCUUUCAGAACAAAUAAAUCCGCUAUGUCGGAGCGACCCGCUAAAUCAACACAAAUGA